AUGCUGUGUCUCAAAGAUGCCGCAUCGCUGCUCAGCAACGACUACCUUGAAAACGAGGACGGACAUGGGCUCACUAAGGAUAACAUGUAUCAUGUGGCUGCAUCGACAUACAUGCCCAACUGCUCUUCAGAGAUGAUCGAUUGGUGGUUUGGCUUCAUACAUACCACAGCGCAGUACAAAUUGUGGCACCCUACGGAUCACGUUUUUUCUGACUGGGAAGGCCCACGCGAGAACAAGUCCGAGUACAUUGGCGGCCACCAUCUCGUGCACGAGUAUAUCGGAGGGGACCUGGCGAAGCUCAAAAUAUCAUUCAAAGACCCCAGUGAGUACUUUGGGCCAGACUGGAGGGAAGCUUUCAAGGCGUCUGGAUAUGGGACUGCAGUUUGUGCUCGAGUGGGUAUCUGGGAUGACGAGACCGGAGCUGUAACUUACACCGGUCACAUCAUUCAUUUAAUCAAGAACGAACCUAAUGCAUGCCGGAUGAGGUCAAGAUUUUGGAUUGGAGACAUUGAAGGGGUGGAACAGCCACAAGGUGAUAAGAUUCCAGAAUCCAUGAGGGCAGGAUUGAUGAAGCACUGUAAAGAGGAAAUGGCGAUCCUCGCUUCGAAGCUGCCUGAACUGUAUGCCAAACACCGGAGACAAGCUAAUGCUGCAAGAAUGUAG